AUGGCUCACGUUGUGAAACUCCCUGAAUACCCAGCCCAGGGUAACGGCUCAUUCACUCUGGCCAAAGCCAUCUGCAAAAGCUGGGUCAAGAUCUUCGAGGACACCCUUCGAAGCAGACAGCAUAGUCAACUUGACACGCUCUUUGUGAAUGACGCUUGGAUCCGAGACUUUUUGGCAUUUAGCUGGGACUUUCGCACGGUUCAAGGUCGGGACGCUCUUUGCUCCUACAUAACUUCCAACCAUGACACUAGCGUCUGGAGAAUUCAUGUUUGCGAGCAAGGUACUCACCGCCCAACGUUCAAGACACCGAGCCCUGGAAUACACUGGGUUGAAACCAUGUUCGGGUUCGAGACGGCUGUGGGUCGCGGCAGAGGUAUGCUCAGACUUGUACUGAACAGCGAAAUCUGGAAGUGCUAUCUUAUCAAUUUUACACUUGAAGAACUCAAGGGACACGAAGAGCAGGUUGGUCUCAACCGACCAAUUGGUUAUGUUGAUGCUGCAGGAGGGAACUGGCAGCAACGGCGAGACCAGCAAAGAGAUUUCAAAACUGAAGAGCCGACCGUAUUCAUAGUAGGAGCAGGACAAGCUGGACUAACGAUCGCCGCUCGUCUUGCUCAGAUUGGGGUAUCUUCACUCAUCAUUGAGAGAAGUGGGCGAGUCGGUGACAGCUGGAGGAAAUGUUAUAAGACGCUUUAUACCCACGACCCUAUCCAAUACUGCCACCUCCCAUACAUUCCUUUUCCAGCGCAUUGGCCUUAUUUUAUGCCUAAGGAUAAGCUUGCCGACUGGCUUGAGUCAUACUCCAUCCUAAUGGAGCUGAAUGUUUGGUGUUCGACCAAGCUCCAGACAGCCCAAUUCGACGAAACUAGCGGGUCCUGGACCAUUACAGUUCAAAGGGGGGAUGGUACUAUCCGCACUAUGAAGCCAAACCACGUUGUCAUGGCCACGGGCAACGUUGGUGACGCCAUUGUGCCCCAAAUUCCAGGUCAAGACCAGUUUCAAGGUCAUCUAUACCACGGAAGCGUACAUACCGACGCUUCUUCUCAUCCUGAUCUGUCUAAUAAGAAGGUGGUCGUUGUUGGAUCUGGUAACUCAGCACAUGAUAUCUGCCAAAACUUUUACGAGUCCGGCGCCGGUUCAGUCACCAUGCUGCAGCGCGGCGGUGCUUAUGUCCUGACAGCCGACAAAACACUCCCAAUGCUACAUACGGGCGCCUAUGAGGAAGGAGGACCCCCAAUUGAAGACUGUGAUCUCGCGGGCCAGAGCAUGCCUAUCCCGAUACAAUUUGCCUUCAAUGUUUUUGGAUGCCGAGACAUUAGCCGAGUGGACAAAGAUACCCUGGAGGGACUGGCGCGAGCAGGUUUCCAGCUUGACUACGGUGAAGAUGGGAGUGGAAUUUACCGAAAGUACAUAACCCGUGGAGGAGGCUAUUACAUUGAUAUUGGCUGCAGUCAGUUGAUUAUUGAUGGUAAAGUCAAGCUGAAGGCAUGCCCUGGAGGAAUUGCGUCUCUAUCGUCGAAGGGACUAGCUCUAGCUGAUGGGUCUGAUCUCGAAGCUGGUAUUAUUGUGCUGGCCACUGGUUAUGAGACCAUGCAUAGUACAGCGCGGCGUCUGUUUGGUGAAAAGGUUGCCCAUUCCUUGGGUGAAGUGUGGGAUCUGGACGAGGAGGGAGAGGUUAAUUCUUGGACACCCAAACUUUUGGUUCAUGGGCGGUAG